UUUUUUUUCACCCGGAAACCGCGGCUGUCGGAGCCCGAGCUGAGGCGGCGGCGGGAGCCCGGUUGGCGUCUGGUCCUCGCGUCGGCCCUGCGGAGCCGGACGCUGUCCCCGGCGCGGCGGAGAAGAUGGUGCCGAGCGGCCCCGGGCCCGCCACGCGCCGCCACGAGUGAGCCCAGCGCGGCCGCGGGCGUCCGCCGAGCAGCUGGCCCGGCUGGGCCCGGGGCGCGCAGCUGCCCGCCGGGGCGGGGUGGAGCUGAUCAGAAUAAUGUUCAGCAUCAACCCCCUGGAGAACCUGAAGGUGUACAUCAGCAGUCGGCCUCCCCUGGUGGUCUUCAUGAUCAGCGUGAGUGCCAUGGCCAUAGCUUUUCUGACCCUGGGCUACUUCUUCAAAAUCAAGGAGAUUAAAUCACCAGAAAUGGCAGAGGAUUGGAAUACUUUUCUGCUACGGUUCAAUGAUUUGGACCUGUGUGUAUCAGAGAAUGAAACGCUAAAGCAUCUCACAAAUGACACCACAACUCCGGAAAGCACAAUGACCAGCGGGCAGGCCCGAGCUUCCACCCAGUCCCCCCAGGCCCUGGAGGACUCGGGCCCUGUGAAUAUCUCAGUCGCAAUCACCCUAACCCUGGACCCACUGAAACCCUUCGGAGGGUAUUCCCGCAACGUCACCCAUCUGUACUCAACCAUCUUAGGGCAUCAGAUUGGACUUUCAGGCAGGGAAGCCCACGAGGAGAUAAACAUCACCUUCACCCUGCCUACAGCGUGGAGCUCAGACGACUGCGCCCUCCACGGUCACUGUGAGCAGGUGGUGUUCACAGCCUGCAUGACCCUCACGGCCAGCCCUGGGGUGUUCCCCGUCACUGUACAGCCACCACACUGUGUUCCUGACACAUACAGCAACGCCACGCUCUGGUACAAGAUCUUCACAACUGCCAGAGAUGCCAACACAAAAUACGCGCAAGAUUACAAUCCUUUCUGGUGUUAUAAGGGGGCCAUUGGAAAAGUCUAUCAUGCUUUAAAUCCCAAGCUUACAGUGAUUGUUCCAGAUGAUGACCGUUCAUUAAUAAAUUUGCAUCUCAUGCACACCAGUUACUUCCUCUUUGUGAUGGUGAUAACGAUGUUUUGCUAUGCUGUUAUCAAGGGCAGACCCAGCAAAUUGCGUCAGAGCAAUCCUGAAUUUUGUCCCGAGAAGGUGGCUUUGGCUGAAGCCUAAUUCCACAGCUCCUUGUUUUCUGAGAGAGACUGAGAGAACCAUAAUCCUUGCCUGCUGAACCCAGCCUGGGCCUGGACGCUCUGUGAAUACAUUAUCUUGCGAUGUUGGGUUAUUCCAGCCAAAGACAUUUCAAGUGCCUGUAACUGAUUUGUACAUAUUUAUAAAAUUCUAUUCAGAAAUUGGUCCAAUAAUGCACGUGCUUUGCCCUGGGUGCAGCCAGAGCCCUUCAGCCCUACCUUGGACUUGAGGACCUACCUGAUGGGAUGUUUCCACAUGUCUCUAGAGAAGGAUUUCCUGGAUCUAGCUGCGUUGGAGCUGGUCACGACGAUGUUUUCACUAAGGUCACGGGUGCGUUGCGUCACUGGUGGGGUUGAAGUUUGGUUUGGUUCUUGUUUCGGCCCAGUAUGUAGAGAACGUUUGAAACAGUCUGCACCUUUGAUACAGUAUUGCAUUUCCAAAGCCACCAAUCCAUUUUGUGGAUUUUAUGUGUCUGUGGCUUAAUAAUCAUAGUAACAACAAUAGUACCUUUUUCUCCAUUUUGCUUGCAGGAAACAUACCUAAGUUUUUUUUGUUUGUUUAUUUUUUUCCUUUAUAAAGAAAAAAUAAAAUAGUCUCAUUUUAAUACUACUCUAGUUAGGACAGACUUGUGCUUUUAUCCUGAGUAAAAUGUUAAAUAUUUAAGUCACGUACAUGAUAAAAAUCUAAGUUUCAUUUUCCACAUGGAUGACCAGGAACCUGGUCUUGUUGGAGUUGGCACAGAAGGUUCUACUGUCUUCUUGGCCGCUCUUGUCCCUCCCUUCUGUUGUCAAAGUUAAAGCAGCCUCUUCACUCAAAAGGGCUUCAAAAUGUAAGUGGCUCUAGAGUUAGAGUGACCGUUUGCUGUUCUGCUUUCUGGAAUGCAGAUGACAGUAUGGAAAGAAAGAAUAAUUCUAAUAGUUGUAAUAGGAAAGGAUUUCUUUCUCUUUCUUUCUUUCUUUCUUUCUUUCUUUCUUUCUUUCUUUCUUUCUUUCUUUCUUUCUUUCUUUCUUUCUUUCAAGAGUGGGUGGAUUUCUCCUUUUUUUUGCUUUUUAUGUGACUAACAUAUCUUCAGGAGGAAAAUGGCAACUAGUACAUCAGGAAGAGUUUGAAAACAGUGCCUGUGAAGUUUGAAGGAAUGCAAUUCUAAUUUGCCAUUUAUCAGGGAAAACCAAAAGCAUUUUUCUUGUAACUUUUCUUUUUUUUUUUUUGAGACAGGGUCUUGCUCUGUCUGUCCCUCAGGCUGGAGCAUAGCUCAGUGCAGCCUCCAACUCCUGGGCUCAAGCAAUCCUCCCACUUUAGCCUCCUGAGUAGCUGGGACUACAGGCGUGUGCCACCACGCCUGGCUAGUUUUUAAAUUUUUUUUGUAGAGACAAGGUCUCCCUCUGUUGCCCAGGCUGGUCUGGAACUCCUCCUAGCUUCAAAUGAUCCUCUCACCUCGGCCUCCCCAAAUCCUGGGAUUCCAGGUGUCAGCCACCACACUCGGCCCUCUUAUAACGUUUUGUUUGAUUGUCUAGUUCCUCUGUCUCUUUUUCCUUCUAAUCCUUAUUCAUUUAAGCAAAAUUGUACAUUAUCUUUUUCAGUGCUUUCAUGUUGUAUUCUUACUAUUUUUCUUAAUAACUUUUUGCCUUAAUAGCUCAUUGUCACUAAUAACUUCUGUGUUCUCCCAGGCAAUGUUAUAACAGAAGGGCACUGAAAACCUUGGACAUGACCAUGAGUACUUCCUCUCCUUAAUUCUAGGUUUGUAGUCUGUUUUGAAUUAGGAUUAGUUCCUUCAUUCUGAAAUACAUUGGCUUAGAACAUUUUAUCCCGGGCAUUUUUGAAUGGAAAACAGUUGCGGGCUUUUAUUGAAGAUUGUUAAAAUAAUCACCAUAGUAACUUGAUAUGUUAGUAUUCCUCUUUUUCCUUUUCGUAUGUUUCAAGCGCAGUAAUCAUACUUGUCUAUCCAGUUUCUUUGUACGAUACGAGUUGCUUACACGAUGCAUGGCUCACUUAUUAAUUUAGUUUUCUCCUUAGAGACUUUGAGACCCUUAGGACACAAGAUUGAGAAAGAGCCCUGUGGCUUGGCUCUAGAAACGCUGUUAUCAUUAGGACCGUCAGAUUUUGGAUUAAGCUGCUAUUGAAUUAAUAAAAUCCCAAUGAAGCAGAGUUAUAGGGAUAGAUUUAUAGCUGGCAGAGUGGUAUCGAAGGAGAAAGACAGUGAAAAAGCCAAUUUCACUGGUUCGUUCAGUCCAGCUCGUUGCUAAUAUUAGUUACCCUUGUUUUAACGACAGAGUGUGGCUGGACUCUGUAGCCAGGGGAGGGACGACACUGUUAGAUGUGAGGAAAGGAAGUGCCAAAAAUGCCUGGACAGAUGGCUCGUCCUGAGCCCAGGACACACACUUUAAAAUCCCAGCAUUCACCUAAGCAAGUACUUCUCAAAGAUCUUACAGAAACACAGAGUCAAUCAGUUUUAUAAAGGAAGGCUGCAGGGAGAGAGGAGGCCUGGGGGCCUGGGUGAAGAGGCCUAGGACCUGAAGAGACUCCAGCGAGUCUCAGAAAGCCCAGGGGACCUGUCACCAUCUGAGCACUUCCCAGGCUCAAUGCUCAGCCGGAGUUUGCUGGUGGACCUCAGGAUUCGAAGUGUGUGACAGACAGGGUGCUCUUGCUGUUCAGGGCGGCCCCGUGCAGGAGCACUAGCUCACCCUCAGGCAUCUCGGACUGGAGGGCCAGCAGAAGGUCAGCAACUUACUCUUAAAAUGAUUGUUUCAGAUCAUAUUGAUCUCUUUCCUUUUUCCUUUUGUCCUUUCACUGUAUGACUUGAAUCAGUUUUGAUUCUAUUUGUAAGUGUUUCUUGUCAUGAGGCACCUGCCAUGUCUGUUGCGUUUUCCUCGGCAGCAUGUAGGGCUUCAGCUUCCUGGGUUUUCACCCCUCCUGCAGGCACUGUGGGGUCCUGAGGGCCAGCGGGUCCAUUUCACCUCUUGCUGCAUGAUGGUCAGUAGCUGAUCUGUUACGGCAUUCACUUCCAGAUUAAUUUUCUGUGUUUGAAAUAUGUGCAUAUGUGCUUUACAGAAUAAAACAUCUGAAUUUAU